GCCUUUCUGACUUCGGUGUGAAAAUAUAUAAAUAAAAAAAAGUCAGUCGUGCCAGGACUCACGGAUUUUCGGAUUAAUCAUACAAUAGUUGUUAGUUAAGUCGAUGACAACGCGAUUGGUUGGCUCUCUGUUCCUUCCAUCAGCCUGAUUCUUCUUCUUCUUCUUUCUUUUCUAUUUCAUAUUUAUAAAUAUAUAUUUAUUUUUUCUUCUAGUAUGGGAAGAUCCGAACGUAAACGUCUUAAUAUAAAAUCGAUCCAACGCGUUAAUUUCUGCAUUAAAGCAAAUUUUCUCUCUACGGAGUUUUUUGGAAUUUUUGACGAUCUCUCGUUCGCAUUCUUUCAUUUAUUCGUCUAUAAUUUAUCGUCGAGGAAGGAUCGGGCAUAUCGCAAAGACCUUUUUCACGAUAUUCCGUGAAUAAUCUCAUACCGAAAUCCGCGCGUCCAAGGCCGACUGUGUCUGUUUCAUGUUUUUCAAUAUUUGUAAUUUAUCGAUAAAAUUAUAAAAGGUAUCGAUACAUAACAGUCUAAAGUGUGCGCUACUCUACAUAAUAUUAUUAUAUAUAAAGUAUAAAAGUAUACAUUAUAUAUAAAUAUAUAUAUAUACAUAUAUAUUAUAUAUGAGAAGUAUAAUAUAUAUAUAUUAUACACACAUUGGGAUUGGUGAAAAUAUACGGUUUUUUCGCUUUGGAGUGUUAUUUUCUGAAAAUAUUGAACAAAAUAUGGAAAAAAAAAUGAAUAAAAUCAAUGAAUAAAAAACAAGCCAGACGUUUUCAGUGCGAUUCCUCUUUGCUCACUUUAUGCCCAUUGAUUUUUUUUUUUUUUUUAUUUUACAAUAUCGGUUACAUAACGCAACAUCUUCGCUCUAUUAAUGAAUCGAAAAUGAUGCGAAAUGAAGAAAUUGAUCCGUCCAUUGAACCGACAGACUCUUCUUCGGUCAGAUAUAUGAGUACAUUACCGGAUUUUUUCAACGAUACUAUUGGAAAAUCAUUGAAAAUUGAGAAUUUCAAGCCGCAAAAUAUGAUCGAGUAAACCAUCGAGUAAAACGAAUUUACACGAGUAUUAAAUACAUACGAGUAUACAAGUAAUUUAAUCCAUUUUUUUAGAGCAUUAGGAGAUUUCCUUGGUAUCGUAGACUAUAACACAAACUUGGCAUCAUUUUGGUUUCUGGAUAUCUUAGCUCUACAGAUACUUCGAAAUAAUGACGUCUUCGACGACUAUUCUCGUGCUAUCUUUAUCAGCUGGUUAGUAGGAGAAAUGCAGUUGAUUCGAGAUAACAAAUUUCCACGCGAAAAAUUCUUCGAGGAAAUGGAAGUUUUAUUCGCUGCCACAGCCAGGAAAAUUGUUCAAGGCGAAGAGAUUCCUCAUUGGAAUCUAAUUACGUUUGGUGAUGCAGAGAUGAAAUCGGAAAUGGAAGAGGAAGAGAGAAAAUUAUCGCAAGAACACGAUUUAUCGGUUCUACAGAAUUUGAAAUCGAAAAUGCAGACUCCGACAGAAAAAAGAUCAAAGGAAGAAAUGAAAUCGACAGAGACGCUUUUGGACGCGAUUAUUCGAUCCACGUACGACAUGUACGCCGGCGAAGUACGCUACGCUCUCGUUUACACGGUAUUUGUGGAACCAAUUGAAAUACAAGUCCACAAUCUGCCUUUCAGUAUUCGAAAACCUCGUCCAGUUAGGCUAGCAGCCUCCAACACUGGACAUCUUUAUUUACGACUUCGAAAGGCUUUGCAAAAAGUCAAAGGAAAGGAUGACAAGAUCGUUAAAUCGAGUAUAUUAAAUGUUACUUUAUAUAAGAUGGAUAUAUACCUUAAAUAUAAUUUUUAGAAACGAAGACACAACAGUUAGAUAAGAAAUUGGAUGCGGAAUAUCCACUACAACCAGUGAAUUCUUUAAUGGAUGAAGAU